AUGGCCGGUGCAUCCACCGCCCUUGAAAAUGUUGACGAGGCACUCGAGGCGAAUCGUCGGCUUCAGAAGAAGUUGAGGCGGAUGAUUCGGCAGUUGUGUGAGGCACACGAUCGGUUUUCAGCCCUUCGUGUGACGCUAUGCAUGCCGCCUUCUUCUCCCAGAAGGCGGCAGCGUCUUUCCGGGAAACGCGACCGCGUUCAUAGCGCUCCGGUGACGUAUUAUUUUAAUGAUCGCCUGCCAAGCAGCUCGUCUUUUGCUCCGUUCCGCCAUGCCGGUGUUUAUGCGGAGGGUGGUAUUCCCCGGUACGCACCACUUCCAUUGACGGCGGAUGAGGUGCGCUGGAAGGAGGCCAGCGAAACAUUUUCUCCGCUACGGCAUGAUGUACUCAACGCAACAAUGCGUGUUAAAUUUUCAGGGAAAAAAGAGGAAGGGGAUGAUGAUAUUGUGAAUGAUUAUGAAUUCAUAGCGGCUGUGCGUGGCUACAUUGGAAACCCAUGUGGUGCAACCUUCUGGAAGGCGUUGGACGGGCACGGACGUCCACAGUUUGACAUUGCUAGCAGGUACGUUGCGCUGAGAAUCCUCAAGAAGACAAAUUCUGUCCCAUCACAUUAUGAGGCAUACCAACUUAGCGAAGAAGAAAAAAAUGCCGCGGCUAAAGAGGCGGUGCGGUGCCAUUUUGGUGAUUUGGGGGCAAUGUUUGCCGCCUACGCAGAGCUCCUUGUGGCGGCUGCACGUCGUCAUGCAUACAUGGCGGAAUUAGUUGGAAAGGUGGUUGAUCCCUUUCCCCCAUAUGUAUGGGAGAGUCGUGUCAAUUUUAUGCGGAUGGUGGAUUCCAUCGUGCAGGAGGCAGGCAUCUCCGAUGGGCAUGAUGCCCUGUGGGAUGGUGAAGAUGUAGUGUUAGCGCAGCGUUUUGUUGGGCAGAGCCAAACCAAGCCCUCUCUUGUGGACCUCACAGCAUGUCUCUUGGCGUUUAAGAGUGAAAUCCUUGGAAAGAAAAGUAGCUUGCAGGAAAUUGCACGGAUUUUUCUGCCGAGGUGUGGGGGCCCGUCACUAACUCUGUGGGAUUUAAAGCAGCUACGGCUGCCAAAGGAGAGCUAA